AUGUCCGACACUGCAGAUCACGAUAACUCGCUACUUGAGUCAACCACGAACCUCAACAUAGAUAAUAACGAAGCUGAUACCAGUACUACCAGUCAUCACCCCCAAUCACAAUCGCGUUCACGAUCACAUCUUCCUACAUCUCCACCUCCUUCCUCUGCAGGAACUACCUCCAUAGCUAAUACUACGGUUGAUUCGUCUGUAAGUUCAGGUUUACGCAAUCACAAGAUGGCUAAUGAAACCCAAACUCGUGAAGGCAAAUCCACAGAAAUUUCAACUAGUGAGACGCAGGGGAUGGGUGCACCAACAACCUCAACUAUACCCCCAAUUAUAACUGAUGUAAAGCUUGCUACAGAACCAUUUGUGGAAUCACUUAGCACGUCUCCCACUUCGCCAACUACAUUUAUAGCACCACGGGAAUCCUUCAAGUCCCAUUCAGCCACUUCCUCCACAUCCACGCUUACGCCAGAAGACCAAGAACGCAUCUCGACAAAGGAAAAGAAUCUCGAUGAAAUCAAACAGCAGUGUUCAUGUUUGAUUCAUGAGUUGGAAGGGAACGAACAACCAGAAGUUAUCAUCAAGAAACAUAUUCAACAAUUGAAGAAAUAUAACGAGUUGAAAGAUGUUGCAUUACAAUUAGUAACAUUGAUUGCAGACCAGAGACAAGUGAAAACAACCGAUAUCCUUAAUGAAAUGAAACUUGAAGUUGGUGAAAAUGGCAAUGAAAUUUAG